AUUUCGUGAUGGAGGGUAAAGUGAUCGGUCCGGGUCCGUACAGAGCGACGAAGCUGUGGAAUGAGACCAUUAAGCUCUUCCGUAGUGGCAUGCCACUGAGAAGGCACUGGGCACACUUCCGCUGCUAUGAUUGCAGUUUCACAGGAUCUGAGGCUGUCGAUUACUUGCAUGACCUUCUGCGCCGCAAUUACAAUUUUGGACCAGAGGUGACGCGCUACCAGACGCUGCAGUUACUAAAGAAGUUCUUAAAGGCUCAUGUUAUUGAAGAUAUUAAAGGGCAUUAUGGCACAGAAGACUUUGAGGACAGUGGUCAUUUAUUCAGGUUCCCCACCAUGUCUCCACUGAAAUCUAUUCCUACAAGAUCCCUGUUGCAACAUAGUAAUGACCUGCCCAGACUCAUUCGCUGGGAUGAUUAUGAAGAAUUGCCUCAACAGGAAAACACUGCCCUGUCAAAGCCUGCUGUCUUGACCUCUGAUUUAUGGAAUAAGAGACACAGUGUAGCAAUAGGAGAUGUACAUGAGUGCAAGCUUAUAAGGAGAAAAGAGAUAACUCCUAAGCAAGUGGACCACAUCUGGAAAACCAUGACAAUUGCACAUUUGCAGAGGGUUCUGGGACUCAAGACACUUGAAGGUGUUCUAAGCCCAGUGCAAGUGAAUGGGAAACAUAUAGAGCACAAUGUUACCAAAGUCAAUAAGACGGGUAUAGUGGUGUUGGAUAACAAAGCAGAGGAUAUGCCUUAUUGGGUUGUGUCAGCGAUGAAAUGUCUUGCCAAUUGGCCCAACGGCAAUGAUUCCAAACAGCCUGUGUACCCAGGUUUUGAGAGGGAUGUUCUCAAAACGGUAGCAGAGUAUUUUCAAAGGCUUAAACAACCCUUACUGACGUUUCAUCUGUAUGAAGUCUUUGUCAACAUUCUCAGUCUGUUGUCUGAUCAGGAGGUUGCGACUGAGGCUCUUCAGAUCAGCUGUUUGUUAUUGCCUCCUCCAAACCGCAGACGGCUGCAGCUCUUACUGCGGCUCAUGGCGCGUGUUUCCCAGAAUCAACAACUGCCACCACUAAAUGACUCUAUUCCCACUCGCACUCUGAUGGUGCAGAUGUUCUCACACUGUGUUCUGGGAUCUGUUGACGAAAUGGACUUGGAUGAACUGCUGUCCACUAAACUGGUGACCUUCAUGAUGGAGCGCUACAACACCAUUUUUCAAGUGCCACCAAAAUUGCGCUCCCAGGUUGAGGAGCACCUGUCCCACCUACGCAGAGUGCAGAUCAAGUAUGCCGGCACCGACACAGACUUCAGUGCCUCUCCAGCAUUUUGUAAACAGAUCAGAAGAGUGGAGGCCGAGGAGCCCAGGGUGAUUGGCACACAGACCCCCCUACAGGAGCUGCUGGAGGGGCUCAUCGCAGACAAGGAGCUGCCAAUGAGAGACAAGAGGAAGAGGCUCAAACAGUUCCAGAAGUCUUAUCCGGAGGUCUACCAAACUCGAUUCCCCACCCAGGAGAGCAAAGCUGCUGUUAUACCUGAGAAAGCCCCUCGGCUUAAACCACAUCAUAUGCUUUUCAACCUCAAAAAAUCCUUCCAACCAUUUCAGAGGAGCUGGAGUUUCAGAGCAUAGUGCCUCUACUGGAAACUAAAUAUUUACUGUUACAGUCAUGGCAAUAAUCUGAGUGAACUGGUCACCCUGCUGUUAGGAGGAAUUACACUUAAGUUUAAACUAAUCAACUUAAAGCAAUAAUAAUCUACUUGUACAUAGCUAGGAAACUUGAAAAAUAAUGAACCACUUAGAGGUCCACUAAUGUGCUAUGGUACUAUUUUCCCUUUAACAGUUAUUCGUAGUUAGUAUGGAUACAUUUCAUAAGUCUGAAGAGAUAACAUUA